CCUCCAUUUAUACCAGAAGCGGAAGAAGCUCGAGAAGAAUAUUGUGGUCUCGUUGAUAAUCCGGAAUUGUCCAGAAAUGAAUUAAACGAUAUGAUCAAAAAAAUGGGGAGCAAAAUAUGGAGUUUUGGAUCAAUAUGAAGAAUACCUUGAGGAAGAGAUGCGAUACGAAAAUAUGUCUUACGAAAUAUUCAAAGAAAAAGUUAUCAAUUCAUCCAAAAGUGAACGAGUCAAGGAAGUUGCUCUUGGAAUAAUAAAACUGACAGCUGAUGGAAAUGUUUCGCAAAAUAUGGUUGCCAGUAAAAUAGAUGAGGUAAUGGAUGAAUUGGACCAGACAGAAUGGAACGAAUUUGUUGAAGUAUUGAUGAUGUUAGGUGAACAAAUGAUUGUCGAAGUGCUUGAAAAUGAUAAUGAUGGUAUUGGAAAAGAAAAUGAUACUGAAAAAGACAACGAUAAGAUAUUGAUCGUAAAUUAACAAAAAAAAAAAAAUUAAAGAUUUUUUCGGUCAAAAUUUGGUAAUUCUCCCUUAUGAACGAUAUACCAGCUACGUAAAUAAAUUUACUUUUUCAAUUGUAUCCGAAAAUCAAUCUAUAAUCUUUGUGACUAUCCUUAUCAGUUCCUAUUGGCCUUCCAUAUAUAUAUAUCUUGCAAUAAAUAGCAAAAUCUAUAGUUUUUGUUAUAUUAAUUCAUUUAACAUCAAGUAAAAAGUAACGAAAUACUGUAUACUGUGUAAAAUAUGUGUGUAUUAAAUGUGUGUUAUAUGUGUAUUAAAAUUCACACGGCAUGUGUUGUAUCUAUAUUUUCAUGUAAAUAAAGCUUGCAACUGCAGAAUUGAAGGCAUA